GGAAUACGUGCGGAAAGGUCCGUCUCCACUGUGGGAGGGCAGUUGAGGCCCCCCCCGCCACCCCCCACCCCCCCGCAAGAACAAACGUCACUGUCUUCUUCUUUAGAAAAUCUUAGGGCCCUGCCCAUCUGGACUACUUUUUUGUUUGUUUUAGCAACUUUUCAUAAAUUGUCCUCAGGGAGGGUUGGGAGGAGCCACCACUGUGAUUACAGGAUUGGAAACAGGGGUUGGGGGAAAGGUCUGAGGAGGCAGGGUUUCAGGUAAGAAGCCCCUUAGCAGGGCCGCCGUGAGAGGUUAUGCAGGAUGUUCACUGCACAAGGGUACCUCCUGGAGGAGGCAAGGGAGGGCUGAGGUCCCGAAGGAGGGGGCUCAAGCCUGAUGCUCCCCUGUCAAAAUGUGUCUACAGGAGGGAAGGGGGGAUUCUUUCUUAGCCCCAGGAGCAGUCUGUGCCCACCAAUCCUUGCACUCUGACCAGGGGCUGUGCAGAAGGAGUCCCUCUUAAAAACCCUACUUUCCUGCUGUGAGGUUAUUUGCCCAAGGUCACAUAGCUUGGGAGUGGCAGUGCUGGAUCCAGCCGCAGAGUCCCUGAGCUCACCCACCACACUACCCUGUCGGCAAGCCCUCGGAGGAUGGCCGCGGGCCAGCACGUUGGGGCUGGGGGUGGGUGGGGAUGGGGGGACUUUCCUCAAAGCAGGAAGGAGACAUCUGCCUGUUUCUUAGGGAGGGGUGCAGGCACUUGUCUUUGGAAGACCAGGCCCUCCGUGACCUACAGAAAGGAGAAUUGCCCGCGCUAAUAUUUUGGAUAAUCAAGUCGUUUACUGAUCUGCCAUCUUGGGCUGCAGAGAAAAAUAUCCCCAUCACAAGGUCACAGUAUUUUAGACAUUCUUCACUCGGGAUCGCAGGCUUCCCGCAAGAUUAUUAAGUGCCAGGCCCUGCGACGGAGCCUGUGUCUAAAUGGAAGAGUCCUGUACAGUCAAUCCCAUGGGUGGGGGUGCCCUUGCCUUGAUAUGGGAGUUUUUACACGUGUUUUACUGAGCACUUCUUAGGUGCAAGGACGCGGAGUUUGACCCUAGGACACUUGGUCUGCAAAGACUUGGGGAACCAUUAAAUGCACUCAUGAAGUUCCAUUAGCUCGUUGCAGGGCUCCGGGUGCAUUUUAAAUAAAAGCUGCCCAGCCCUUGCCCUGCAGCCUCUACCCGUCCCUACCUGGAAGAGAAAAGGACUGAUUUCUCCGAGCACCUACUGUGUGCCUGGCACUCUGUGAAUGAAGGUGUGGCGCUGAGGCUUGGCUCGCAGACGGCAAAACCAGGGGCAAGGGCUUGCCUCCCUCCCCAGGGCUGCAGGGGGACAGCCUGGCCUCUGCUCUUCCCACUGCCUGCACCCUGCCUGCCUGAGGAUUAUGGGGUCAGGAGAGGGCACCCCAGGACAGUGGACCCAUGCACGAGAUGUCCUCUCCCUGGCGGACCUCUCCUACACAGCGGUCGCCCUCAAACGCAGCCCCAGAGGCACGCUCCCAUUCCCCCACCUGCGCUUGUAGGGACCCGGGGCUCCUGCAAAAUCUCCGGGGGGAAGAAGGGGAGGGGGGCAGGGGCUGCCAGCAAUUUUGUCCCUUUCUCACUGAUGGAGACGACUAUUACAGAAUACCACUGGGGCGACUCACCCUCUGGCUGUCCCCGCCUCCCCCAACCCCACCCCUGAACACACACAGACAUAGACACACACACACACAGACACACACUCUGGGGCGGAUAGACAUUUCCUCCCUCAGCCUCACUCCCCUGCCUCCGCCUGCCCCGUGCGGUGCCUCCUCGGCAGGCUGCCACCCGGAGCUGACUGUCCCCAGUGCGGGAAUCCUGUGUUCCUUCUGUGCCCAGCUCCAAGGGCUCGUCUGCUUGGAAAACUCUAGUUUGAUGUCCUGGGGCUGCACCUCACAAAGGACCGUGGUACCUGGAGAAGAGUGUGGAUUUUCUCAUCCUGGCCAACAGCGUUCCCCCUGGAAAUAGCUCACCAUGUCGGCCAACGUCACCCUGAAGCCGCUCUGCCCGAUCCUGGAGCAGAUGAGCCACAUCCAAAGUCACAGCAACUCCAGCAUCCGCUACAUGGACCACGCCUCAGUGCUGCUGCACGGGCUGGCCUCGCUGCUGGGCCUGGCGGAGAACGGGCUCAUCCUCUUCGUGGUGGGCUGCCGCAUGCGCCAGACCGUGGUCACCACCUGGGUGCUGCACCUGGCACUGUCGGACCUGCUGGCCACCGCCACCCUGCCCUUCUUCACUUACUUCCUGGCCGUGGGCCACUCGUGGGAGCUGGGCACCGCCUUCUGCAAGCUGCACUCCUCCAUCUUCUUCCUCAACAUGUUCGCCAGCGGCUUCCUGCUCAGCGCCAUCAGCCUGGACCGCUGCCUGCAGGUGGUGCGGCCCGUGUGGGCGCAGAACCACCGCACGGUGGCCGCGGCCCACAGGGUCUGCCUGGGGCUCUGGGCCCUGGCCGUGCUCAACACCGUGCCCUACUACGUGUUCCGGGACACCAUCCAGCGGCUCGACGGCCGCAUCAUGUGCUACUACAACGUGCUGCUCCUGAGCCCCGGGCCCGACCGCGACGCCACGUGCAACUCGCGCCAGGCGGCCCUGGCCAUCAGCAAGUUCCUGCUGGCCUUCGUCGUGCCGCUGGCCAUCAUCGCCUCGAGCCACGCGGUCGUGAGCGUGCAGCUGCACCAGCGCGGCCGCCGGCGGCCCAGCCGCUUCGUGCGCCUGGUGGCGGCCGUGGUGGCGGCCUUCGCGCUCUGCUGGGGGCCCUACCACGUGUUCAGCCUGCUGGAGGCGCGCGCACACGCCGAGCCCGCGCUGCGGCCGCUCGUGUGGCGCGGCCUGCCCUUCGUCACCAGCCUGGCCUUCAUCAACAGCGUGGUCAACCCGCUGCUCUACGUGCUCACGUGCCCCGACGUGCUGCACAAGCUGCGGCGCUCGCUGCGGAGCGUGCUGGAGAGCGUGCUGCUGGACGACAGCGAGCUGGGCGGCCUGGGCAGCCGCCGCCGCCGCCCGUCCGGCCCGCGCCCGGGCCCCGCCGCCCGCCCGCCGCCCCCGUCCGGGCCCGCGCGCCUGCUCGCCUGGCUGCGGGGCGGCCGUGCGGCGUCCGCGCAGCGCGCCCGCUCCCGGUCCCAGGACGAGAGGGGCCCCCUGAACCGGGCACUGAGCACCACGUCGGGGUAGAGGGCGGCCGGCGAUGGCGCGCGCGAGCGUCCCGGGGGCGGAGUCAGGCCGGGCCGGGCGUCUGCCUUUUAAAACGCCUCCCGUGCCCCAGUGCCCUUCAGAACCGACGGCGGCGGGAGGGGCGGUCGCCGAAAUUCUGCAUUUCCAGCAAGCUCCCAGGAGGCGAAGUCAGCGCUGCUGGUCAGCGGACCCCGUGGGGACCAAGGCAGGGUAAAACCACAAGAUCUCUCGAACUAGGGUACUCGGGAUGCACCUUCGUGGAGCUCAGCUUUACCAGAUGGCGG